AUGAUUCAAGCAAUUCAAGCAAUUAGACUUGGUAGUCGCAUGUCGUUAAACGAAUCCACCAGGCUUGGUCAAUUUUUGAUAGAUAGCAAAUGUCGACUUACGGAUAUUUCGUGUGGAGAUAACAUGGUGUUUCGAACCAUCCGUCGAUAUAACAUAGGCAAAUCAACUGUGAAAUGCAUUCAACUUUGCUCAUGUGAUCUUAACUACAUAGAAAAAAAUGGUAAAUGCAUUCAAAUACUGGAAAAUGGAAAAAUAGUCAUAACUGAUAACAAAGUGACAGUGAAAGAAGUAUUUAAACUUGGUGAAUUUCUCGAAGAUAGAGGAUGCCGACUUACAGAUGUUUCUUGCGGAGUUAAUUUGGUGUUUCGUACCAUCAAAGAAUAUAGUGAUAUGCGUAAUUCACCAUUAGUUAUGUGCAUUCAACGCUGCUCAUGUAAUCUUAAUCACAUUGAAAAAAAUGGCAAAUGCAUCAGUCAUGUAAAUGAAUUGAAAGAUGGAAAAAACAGCGGAGUUGGAAAAAUGGUAUUUGACCGUACGUGCCGAUUGACAGGACAAAAAUGCGCUAAGAAUGCAAUUUACGAAAUAUUUAAAGAAGAAAAAAAGGAAAGAUCAUUUAAUAGUGGUGUCCUAUAUACCACUGUAUGCAUUCAAAAAUGUGUUUGUAACCAUACAAUGUUUGUGAUAAAAGAUGGUUACUGUGUUAAUAGAGCUCAUUUCACGACCAAUCAGCAAAUCACUGCUUCUACGAUUACUAUCAAUCCGAGAAUAAAUAUGUUUGGAAGAGUUGUCGAACACAUUGGAUGUCUAUUAGUCAACUCAAGCUGUGGAGCAAAUAUGGUAUUUCGCUUAAUUCAAUCCGCUAUUCUUGGUAAAUCUUCGAAACAAAAAAAAUGUACUGUGAAAUGCUCAUGCAUGAAUGAUUAUAUAGAAAAAGGCCAAGAGUGUAUAGAAAAAAGUCGCUUUUCAUCUCGAAAUUUGCAGGAUGAUAAAAGUAAGUUAGCACUUAACGACCAAAUUGUUGAUUACGGUUGUGAGUUGCGUGAGCAUUCAUGUGGAGCCAAUAUGAUAUUGGUAAAGGUUCAUCUAACCUCGUUCCGAACUGGCACUAUUUUGCGGUUUAAAUGCACAUUAAGGUGCCAAUGUGUCAGUGGAUAUGAUGAAAUGCAUGGUCAAUGUAUCAAGAAUUAA